AUGGUUGGGCUGCAGACAAGCACGGCGAAGGCGCGCCGCGUUGCAACCGGCACGGCGAGGCAGUUCAACGAGCAGCUGGCGGGGUUUUUUAACGGCUGGGAAGGGUUUGCCCGGGGUUUGUCGUGGGAGAUUAUUUACGUGCAGCGUGCGGAUAGCGUGACGGUACACGCGUGUCAGGACUGCGGGAACGCGGGCGACAGGGCCAGUGCGGGGGAUGAGAGGCACAGGACCUUUUGGGGCAACGAGGUGCACCAGCACCACGUGGCGAUGCCGCACGAAGACGCAAUUGCUGUGUGUAGUGAGUGCAGCGGCUUCAUGUUUUCCCUUUGCCUCUCUUGUGGCGCCUCACUUCCACGAGCACCGCGGCGCGGCUGGGGAGCGGGCGGUUGCGUUUGGGGCGGCGGCGGCGGUGGUGCCACUGCGCUGCUUCGUUUUGGUUUUUUCGAUUUGUUUUUUUUGUUUUUGUUUUUUUUGCUUUUUUUACGCCGCGCCGCCCUCCUGCUGCACUGUGCUGAGGGAAGUAGGGCCGGCGCUGGGCGAGUUGCGGUGGGGCCUGCGACGGCAAGGUCCUGCGGGCACGUGCGCUGCGUGUCGCCGCCAGAGGGGCUAAAAGGCGGCGCGUGA